GAAAAGGCUUUUCUUCCACUGUUCCUAGCGCAGCACAACAAUGUCAAUAGUCUAGGUAAAUAGGAGGUGCUAGUCCUAGCUUUGUCGAUACUUGUGCAAUUUUAACCGCACGGUGCAAGGUCUUCCAACUUCAAGCAUUGGAGGGAGCUCCACGUUCACAAUUGAAGCCCUGUGUUUGAGGUCUAAGAACAGCACUUGGUGGGCCUCUCGGGUUGGUAGCUCGUUGCUCGCUGACGCAGCAUUGCACUCUCCGCCCCUCUGGUCGCGCAAUCAUCCAACGUGCAAAAAUUGCUCCAAGCUCGCCCCGUGCAAGACAAAAUGGCGACCGCCUGCUCACAUUCUGCGGUGCAAAGCUUGUCCCCAGUUCUGCCCACCCACUCGUCUUUCCCUCACUCUGAGGGGCUUCAAACAUCUUUUUCCAGCUCCUCUUCUUUAUCACCCUCGGCAUUGUUCCGACCGAAGAGCCUACAAGGAAGAGUUGUGCGGCGGAGUCUGUCAGUGCAAGCCAGGGGCCGGCGGCGCGGCAGUGGGGUGGGCUUCGGCCCGACGCCCAAAGUAAAAAAGCCUAGGAAGCAGCCGCUGGAGGAUGACCCGUUCAGGGUGCCCCCCCCCGCAGAAACUAGGGGCGAGGAAAAUACAGACGAGGGCUAUUUGUCAGAUGGGGAUGAUACAGUGCCGGAAGUAGUGACCAAUCGGAUGCUCGCAAGGAUGGGCGUCACGGUGGGGAUUCCGCUCGUGCUGGGGCUGACGUUCUUCCCCAUGUUCUGGUAUCUCAAGGUCAUCAAGCACCUGGAGAUUCCCAACUGGGUGCCCUACUUUGUGUCCAUCUUCACGUUCGGGGCGGCAGCGGCCGGCAUCUCAUAUGCUAUCCUCUCUGUGAGUUGGAACCCGUCACAAGAAGGGUCAGCUUUGGGUUGGAAAGAGGCUCAGGCAAACUGGCCGGUGUUUUGGGAGCUGCUCAAAAAUGGUGGAAAUAGCGACAAGAGGAGACGAUAAAGCGAUUGCUCGUCGUAAGUUUGGAACUUUCUUGCUAGCACUAGGAACGUUUCAAUAUCUAAGUUGAGCACCUUGCGGAGUGGUCAAGCUUACUCGUAUCAAGCACGAGAAAGUCACUCCUUUCAAAGAAGCCAUUGUAUCCUAGUUUCAGAGCGCGUGAAUCAAAUCAUAUCCUGCCAUAAGAGACACUGUCCGACAAGUUUGCUGCAAGUUGCGAGAUUUCAGCCAGCACUGAGGCUAGCUACCAGGAUUCGAUCGGAGCUCCUUCGAUGGUGACGGCUGUAGGUGCAUACUCUUGUAGUAUGGGCCCCUUGUGAUCUGCAAGAAAUUCAACGGCUACAGAGCUAGUGGAUAUACUAGGGGCCGGCCGCGGUAAUACAAUUUUUUGC